UUUCUCACUAAGGAGAAGACCAAAACAUGGUGCACGUUUGCUAUUACCGCAACUAUGGAAAAACCUUCAAGGGCCCACGUCGUCCUUUCGAGAAGGAGCGUCUCGACUCUGAGCUGAAACUCGUCGGCGAGUACGGUCUCCGUAACAAGCGUGAGCUCUGGAGAGUGCAGUACUCUCUUAGCCGUAUCCGUAACGCCGCAAGAGAUCUUCUCACCCUCGACGAGAAGAACCCCAAGAGGAUCUUCGAAGGUGAAGCCCUUCUCCGUAAGAUGAACCGUUAUGGUCUUCUUGAUGAGAGCCAGAACAAGCUCGAUUACGUCUUGGCCUUGACUGUUGAGAAUUUCCUUGAGCGUCGUCUUCAGACUAUUGUGUUUAAGUCUGGUAUGGCUAAGUCUAUCCAUCACUCUCGUGUCCUCAUCAGGCAGAGGCAUAUCAGGGUUGGGAAGCAAUUGGUGAACAUUCCUUCGUUCAUGGUGAGACUUGACUCUCAGAAGCAUAUUGACUUUGCUUUGACCAGUCCCUUCGGUGGUGGCCGUCCCGGUAGAGUGAAGAGAAGGAAUGAGAAGUCUGCUUCCAAGAAAGCAUCUGGUGGUGAUGCAGAUGGUGAUGAUGAAGAGUAAACAAUCUGCCUUUUGAUCAUUUGUAGUCUGUUUUUUUUCCGGUGGAUUGUUUUAUGUUUUAUUUCGCUUUCUCCUAAGAUUGUCGAACCAUUUGCUUAUUGUUUACAAACAUCUUCUCUUCCAAAGUUUUGUCUUAUUCUUGAGUCUCUUUUAUGCUGAGAUCCCAAAAACAGCACAUAGUUUAAUAUUUCUAAUAGCCUAUUCUGGAAUGUGUCUAUUUGGGCUUAAACGAUUCUGUUUAAGCUAAGCCCAUAUACUAAACUAUC